AUGAGCAUAUUAUCGUUGACUUUAAAAAUUUUAAUAUUUUGUGGCGUAUGGAAGCCAAAAUCCUGGACAACGACUUGCAAAAAAAUAAUUUAUGGUACAUAUACUUUUCUCGUGAUAUCGUUCGUACAUUCCUUUCUAUGGUCGCAAAUGAUUGACAUGGUCACUGUCGACAAUAUGAAUGACUUCAUUGAAAGCUCUCAUAUGCUUUUGACAAUGGUGAUCGGUUUUUGUAAAGCAGUGAACAUAUUGAUGGCACGAGAGAAGAUUAUAAAAUUAAUUGAUGCUCUCACUGAUGGAAUAUGUCUUUCUCUUGAUUCCGAAGAGUCGAAGAUUCAAGAGAAAUAUGAUCGGACUAUUCGGGCUAAUACGCUUCAUUAUGCCAUCAUGAUCGAGACGUCAGUUUUAUCGAGCAUUUUAAAUUCCCUUUUAACUGACUUACAAGCGAAAACGUUGCCCUUUAGAGCCUGGAUACCUUACGAUUAUUCUUCCUCAAUCGUUUUUUACUUAACUUACUUUUAUCAAAUGAUAUCGAUGACAGCCUGUUCUCUCUUUCACGUUGCAAUAGAUGCACUGUUCUGUGGAUUUUUAUUACAAAUUUGUUGUCAAAUAGAUAAAUUGAAGUGUCGAUUGAAACGCUUAAACUGUGAUGGUCUCGACGGUCUUCGAAAAUGCAUUCAACAUCAUUAUCAAAUUUAUCAAAUCGCUGAAAAAGUGAACGAAGCUUUUGUUAUGACGAUAUUUUCUCAAUUUUUCAUCAGUUCAAUAGUCCUUUGCUCGAGCAUGUUCGAGCUACUUAAAAAUGAUCUACUGAGUACAGAAUUUAUGGCCCUGAUAAUAUAUUUGUCAACUUUAUUGGUACAAAUUUAUAUUUUUUGUUGGUACGGCAAUGAAGUGAAAUUAAAGAGUAUUCACAUUGCCGUCGCAUUUGCCGAGUCAAAUUGGAUGUCGUUAGAUAAUAGUUCGCAAAAAAUGAUUCUAAUAAUGAUGCAACGUGCAGCAAAUCCCAUCGAAUUUGUUAGCGGAUAUUUUAUUACCGUAAAUCUCGAUACCUUCGUGAACUUGAUCAAAACCUCCUAUUCGGCAUAUAAUGUUCUUCAAAAAGCGCAAUGAACAAUGAGAAAGGCG